AUGAACGUCAUCAUCCCCAUGGCUGGUCUUGGUUCUCGUUUUUCAAACUGUGGGUAUACGGUCCCAAAACCUUUAAUCUGUAUUGCAGGUAUUCCCAUGGUUGUGCAGCUCCUUUCGAACCUCAAGCUUCACUCCGAGGAUGCAGUGUAUAUCGGGCUUCAAAGAGCUGUUGAGCGAGAGCAUCAGGUCCUUGCAACCAUUAAGGCCUACCUUCAGAAAACUGGAAUUUCAUUGUUUCCAGUAUACUUUGACAGCCCCACCCGCGGAGCCGCAGAAACUCUUCACAAAAUUAUAGGCCAUCUUAAUGCUCGACACAGGCAGAGGAGAACCGUAUCACUAGACUGUGACACUAUCUAUUUCUAUGAUAUCCUAUCAGAAAUACGAAACAUACCAGCCGACUCUGGCAGUCUAUGUUUCUUUGAAGACGAAGGAGAGGAAUCGAUAUUUUCGUAUGUUCGCUUCGAUGAGGCAUCAAAAGCAGUGACUGAGAUCCAAGAGAAGGUGAAGAUUUCUUCGCACGCAAACACAGGAGCGUAUGGCUUUCGAAACGCGGUUGAACUGUCCAAACACCUAGGCAAAGUACUUGCUAAACCGGUACCAGAGAUUGGGGAGUUCCACACCUCUACAGUAAUAGCUGAGAUGAUCCGAGAAGGAUUGAGGUUCCAAGCUGUUCCAGUACCGAUAGAGGAUUUUGCUUGCGUUGGGACUCCAAAGCAACUCAGAGCUUUUCUGGAGAGCCCAAUACGGACAAAAAGCAUACAGAAAGGACAUAAGAUACUUUUCGAUCUGAGUUCAAUCUCAAACCUUCCCAGGAAUGUGCCGUUAUUGGAGGACGUAAUGUCAGUGUGCCUCCCCGACCAGUUUCUCCAAUUUAUUCUAAAGAUGAAAAAAGAUGGACUUGAAGUAGAACUAAGCGUGAACGAAGACUUGUCUUCGUUCGAGAAGUUGUCUUCAUGUGAAGAUGCUCCAGGAGAGUCUGAAUUCAUUUUCUCGACAUGGAUUUCAAGGAGAAGGGCGUCCGCGAAGGGGUCCCUCUUUCCCGUCAACGACAGCUUCGAAAAGAUAGUUGGGUGGGUGUGA